ACCCACUCACAUGGCCUGGCAGAGAGCAGCAAGACCUUGGUUCACACUCCCUCUCCUCAGACACCAUCACUGUCCCUCACCCGCUGUCCUCCAGGUGGUGUCUCCAUGGCAGCUCUCAUGUCCUCAGCCCACCACCCUACUACCCCUCAUCAGACAAUGGUCACAACACUCAGCUACUGGUACAGGGAACUAAGAGAGCUAGUAAGCUCUGGACAAUAUGAUAGAGCGCUGGAUUUGUGGGAGGAGUCUAAGAUGAGUGGUAGGAUGGAUACGGACAGUUACACGAUGGUCAUGGCAAUGUGUGAGAGGCUGGGUAGCUCAGAGGCUGCACUGGCCCUGAGGGAGGACAUGAGGUCACAGGGGCUGGCAAUGGAGGACAGAUGUUGUCUCCACUUAGUGACCACCCUCAUUGCUGAUGACAAGGCUGGGGAGGCUGUGGAGGUCAUGAGGGGGGAGUGGUUGCAGACUGAUACGUGCAGUAGUAGCUAAACAGUUACUAGAUAACAAGCAUCCUGCACUGGCUCUGGAGGUGUGCUCGCUGACCUCUGACCCCUCCCACCCCCUCCUGUGUGUACAGCUGGAGUGUCUUGGUUCCCUCAGACAAGUGGAGGGAAUGCAACAACUCUUGGAGGAGGUGGUCUGCAAAAUUAAGAACAAUAAUUCACUUAUUUAUAUUCUAUUAUACAGUCUGUUGGUGUUGAGAGUGAUUCGUUGCAAGUGGCCUUUGUUAAUGGCCUGUCACUGGCUGGCCUCCACCACAGAGCAAUGGAGCAUCUCUCUAGUCUCAAAUGUGGGAUCAGCUGCUGCUCUAUUCCACACACUCUGGGAGCAAACAUUCACUCUUAAGGAUCUCUCUGUCCAGUUCCUCCAGACAUCAGUGUCAGCUGCUGAAGAGGACAGGAGCUCUUACCUGCUCAGAGCUGCCAAUGCUUGUCUCCAUCUUCAAGCCCUAGCUCUGAGGGAUACUGCAUCGGAACACAGUGAAGCUGAAGAGCAGUUCUUGAGUUAUGAUUUCCCCUCUUUCCUUCAUCAACAAAGUGUGUAUCCCGACCAGCACACAUACGCAACAUUGUUACUGAGGCUGUGUUUUGAUGAGGGAUCUCUAGACACUGCUGAUCGUGCCAUCAAGUCUCUGUUUCAGUGUGGUUCACCUUUGACCUCCAAGGCCUUUGUCGAGUGGGCAGGACACUGCGGCCCAAUCACCCCUCAACAAGCUAACAGGGUGUUGGGUUUAAUUCGUCGUAAUUUCCGUGCCCGCUAUGAUAUUCGACUGACACUGGAGGACUAUGUGCGGCUGUUGGGGGUGGAGCUUGUGUGUGGAGGGGACCCCAAGCAACUCACACACUCAUUCAGCUACAUCAGGACCAUCAAGAACACAAUGUCCAACCAGGGGCUACUCACAGAGACCAGUCACUGGUACCCUAUCAUCAGUGCCCUAGCAACACUAGGCCCAGUGGGGGGACCCCUGUUCAUUACCUAUGAUGACAUGCUCACAUGCGGAGUGGAGCCUGACCUGCACAUGUACAAGAUCAUAGCCAGUGCUGCACAGACCAACAGCACAGCUGCCCACUCUGCAGCAGUGGACUGGUGGAGAAUGCUCAACUCUAGAGUGAAGCCAGAUGUAGAGUUAAUGAACACGCUGAUCCGCUGCUGUGAGGUGUGUGGGGAGUGGGAGAGAGGUUUCCUGUUCCUGGGGCUGUUCAAGCAGUGCCAAUUAUCACCUGACAUGGACACCUUUGAUGCCCUCUUUAAGAUCUGUGAUGCUACAAGAGACCAUGAUCGACUGAUUGCUCUGAGCUCACUAGCAGAGACAAUACUACCACAGCAACGAGAUCAUGUGAGAGAUGAGGUCCAGAGAAUACACAACAAUUGGACUCAUAAUGAACAGCAUCAUUCAGAGUCAGAAUAGUAGCUACACAAUGUCGUCAUUAAUAUUAGUGGUUGUGCUUAUUUGUGGGAUUUUUUCUCAUGUUCAACUUAACAGCGUUUUUGAAAUGAAAAA